GACGGUCUGCCCAUUAAGGGGUGGAUGUAUGUUGGCGUCACAAUCGGUAUAAAGUGUUCGCCUGUACACAACAAUUGUGACUUUAAAUGACGGCGCGUAAGCCUUGUACAACGCGGUAGUCUACGUCCUGGAAACUGACCAACGAUGCAGAGCUCCAGCAGUAAGCCGCAGUUUGGCCAAUGGCUGAUUGACCAGGUCUGCAGCGGCCAGUACGAGGGGCUCAACUGGGUCGAUAACAACAAGUUUCGAGUUCCUUGGAAGCACAACUCCAGGAGGGACAUUAGCGACGAGGACAGCAAAAUAUUCAAGGCUUGGGCUGAGGCCAGCGGGAAAAUCAGAGAGAAUCCGAACGACAAGGCCAAGUGGAAGACCAACUUCCGCUGCGCGCUGCACAGCCUGAAGCGGUUCUGCCUGGUGGAGGACCGGUCCAAGGACUCGGACGACCCCCACAAGGUGUACCAGGUCCUCAGCUUUGAAUACAAUUACGAAGAGCCACCAGCAAGGGACCUGGGCUCCAGCUGCCCCUUCAUCGAAGAUGCCUAUGCCACAGACCGUCCCUUAGACAUGCAGCACGAAGAGUUACUAAAUCACAUGGAUGGCUUGACUCUCAACAACCAACAGCAAGAUAACCAUAUUUGGGAUGAUCCUUUUGCCUGCAAUAUACCUGCUGUACAGAACCUCUACCCUGAUCAGCCAAUAGGAGUGGAGCCCCAGCUAAUGGGGCAGAACGGCUUGGCCGCUCCAGUGCUUCAGCCGUACAACCCAGGGUAUUCGGGUGUGGACACCCCCCUGCUGGAGAUCAGCAUUCACUACAGGAGCAAGGAGGUUCUGCGGACGUCGCUGUCCUGCCCGCGCGUGCAGCUGCACUACCAGGCCGAGGACCCGGGCCUGCAGGCCUAUCCCGUCUGCUUCCCCGACACCCAGCUGCUGCUGGACCACAAGCAGGUGGAGUACACGCAGCGCAUCCUGGCCAGCGUGCAGCGCGGGCUCCUGCUGGAGGUGCGCGGGACCGGUGUGUACGCCAUCCGUCAGGACAAGUGUCACGUCUUUGCCAGCACCAGCCCCUUCCCCGAGGGGCCGCACCCCCACCCCACCAAGCUGCCCCAGAAGGAGGAGGUGGAGCUGUUCAACUUUGAGAAGUACUUAAGCGAUCUGAGGGACUUCGAGAACAACAGGCAGAGGUCCCCUGGGCACACCAUCUAUCUGUGCUUCGGAGAGAAGUUUCCAGAUGCGAAACCGCGUGAGAAGAAGCUGAUCACGGUGCAGGUGGUGCCCCUGGUGUGUCGUUACCUCCUUGAGAAGGCUCAGCAAGAAGGAGCUUCCUCCCUCCACAGCGGGAGCAUCAGUCUGCAGAUCUCUCAUAACAGCCUGUUUGACCUGAUCGAGUCUCUCUGUAACAUGCCCUCUGUGUAGAGCACUGGCUGCUGGACCUCCCAGUCCUCCACAGGCCUGGGCCUGUCUGAAAUACAUUGCACGAACGCCACUCUCCCUCUCUUUCCGUCUGUCCCUCUCUCUAUCUCUCUCUCUCUCUCUCUCUGUCUGUCCAUCUCUCUCUGUCUCUGUCCCUCUCUGUGUCUCUUUCUCUCUGUCUCUAUCUGUCUCUCUGUUUCUGACUUUCUCUCUUGGUAUCUCUGUCUGUCUGUCUCUCUCUCUGUCUCUCUCAUAUUACUGUGCAGUUUUUUCUCAGGUAAAGAUCAGAAUAUGUGCCUAUCAUUUCUAAGAACAGCCAACGCUGGAAAAAAUCAGAAAAAGAAAUGUCUGUUUUUGAAUAUCAUAACCGGACUCUGAAAGUGUUACCAGAUUAAAGAAAUAUUUCGAAUCAAGAAUUUCUUUAAGUGUUUGGUAAAAGUUAUGCACCAAAGGAGCUUGUUGUGUUUGAUAUGUGUGUUUGUGUUCAGAGAUGACAGAGUAAGCUAGAAGGAUGCGUUUCUUCACAACUUGCCUUAUUGGUACAGAUCUUAUGGAUAGGAAUAGCUCAAAGGUCAAAGGCAUUGCACUCCACUUUGAAACGUAACGGCAUGUGGUAUAUGAGUGGUAUAUGAGUGGUAUAGCACUCAUUGUGUUUUCUCUUCUUGUGAAGAUCAGUCCCUGGAUUCUGCCCUGCGGGUUAAAUUGGGAAAGUAGGCGGCUGCUCCUCACACACUGUGUGUGAAGGCUUUGAUUCAUUGUUCUUGCCAGGUCUGCUGUCUCUUUUCUAAAACUGUACUGUCAGUUCUGGAACUAUUGUGAUAAGUUGUCAUAAUGUGCAAUGUGUCCCUGUAUAAAUGAAUAAAACCUGUGUUUAACAUGUAA